CCCGGAUGUACUAUGUCUUUCCUCGUGCAGUUGGUGCGGUUAUUUUUUCUGAAUUCAAGUGGAAAGUGCCGGUACAUUGUGUGUUUAAUCAAGGAGAAGAAUGCCUGAAGGUCAGAAUUCAAGAAACAAGUUCCCGUCCAGUGAUGACGAUUGACCAAACCCUUAAAAGGGGCCUUCUGAAAACCUGCAUCCCUGGUAGUGGUACAGCCGCGGACCCGCAGCCUAGGGAGGCUGCAGAACAGCAGUCUGGUACCGAGCUGGACCUAGACCAGCACCUGGUGGCCUCCUCCAAGCAGGUGCUGCACAAGAGCAUCGACUUCCACCAGGCCGAGAGGGACGUCUCUUUCCAGCUGCAGAACCUCCGCGUGAAGUAUGUGGCACUGAACCCCAGCCAGCCAGAGGCAGAAGAGUCGAGGUCCGCAUCCAGCAACAACCACAGUCAAAUGAAUGGUCAAGUUGAGAUGAGACAUGAUGGCAUCCCAGCCCCCAAGAAGAUCCUUUACCCGUCGGAUAAGAUCAUGCUGGCCUGGCAGCGUUGUCAGCGGGUGGGGCCGGGCCUCAUUAACAUGGGCAACACCUGUUUCCUGAAUGCAACGCUGCAGUGCCUGACCUACACACCACCGCUGACCAAUUACCUCCUUACACAUCAGCACAAGAAUGAGUGUCGUGAGCUUGGGUUCUGCAUCAUGUGUGAGCUGUGUAACCACGUCCAUCGGACCUUCAACCACCAACAAAAUGGUCAGGCCAUCCGGCCGAUGGUCAUACUCCAUAAACUCAAACACUUUGCCAAGCACAUGCACAUAGGCAGACAGGAGGACGCCCACGAGUUCCUGCGCUUGCUCAUCGAGGCCAUGCAGAAAUCCUGCAUUAACGGAUUUGACAAGUUGGAUAAGUACAGCAAGGAGACCAGUCUGGUGUAUCAAAUCUUCAGUGGCUACUACAGGAGUCGAGUAAUAUGUUCAGUCUGUCAAACCAAGUCGGACACAUUUGACCCUUUCCUGGAUAUCGGAUUGGAUAUAAAGCAAGCGCCAUCAGUGACCAAGGCCCUGGAGAGACUGAUCCGGCCAGAGAUGCUGGACGGAGAGAAUCUCUAUCACUGCAAGAAGUGUAAUCGCAAAGUCAAAGCCCAGAAGAGGUUUACCAUUCAGCGAGUCCCAGCCGUGCUCACUCUCUGUCUAAAGAGGUUUGAGUUCAACCGAUUCAGUAUGGGGAAGAUCAACAAAGAUCUAAGCUAUCCAGAGCACCUCAAUCUGAGGCCCUACAUGAGUGACCCAAAGGGUGAGCCAAUCAUGUACGAGCUGUACGCAGUCCUGAAGCACGAGGGCGCCUCCUGCAACUCCGGCCACUACUACUGCUUUGUCAAGGCGGCCAACCAGAGCUGGUACUGCAUGAACGAUGCCUUUGUCAGCCAGGUCAGCCUACAGCGGGUCCUGAACCAGAACGCCUACCUCCUCUUCUACAUCCGCAAGGGCGGCUUCAAGUCACCCAUGAACGGGAGUGAGACCAAACGGGAUGUGAUGCAGACUAACAGCCCCAAGCCAGCCACAACGAUGAGCAGGCCCCAGUCACUCUUCAACGGCCCCGUCGGCACGCCCGUGCCGAGACCCUCAACCAGCACCACACCCAUGCAGCUUCAUAACGCCGGAUUCAAGCCGACGGUUAUCAGUGAGGACAAGCAGAAGCGACCGCAUCAGACAUUCCGGCCGCAGCAAUCGGAGCAGACACCGCAGCAACAACCGCAGCAGGAGGCAAGGCAUCACCUUCCCAAGAUGGUCCCUCCGUCCAACCAGCGGCCGAAACUCUCUUUCCAGUUCCGGCCCAAAGCGUCUGGGCCGGCCACCGCAGGUUCACAGGGACAGUCCAUGACAGUCGCGAAAAAGCAGUCCCCUACUGCUGCACCUGGGGGACCGGCCACCAAGACCCCCGUCGUAGCCGGGUCAGGGGAUGCCACUAGGCAAGCCCAAUCGGACCAGCCGGCUGCCACAACGGUCUUCUCGCCCAACAGACCUAGCCCCACUUCGCCACCCGCGCUCAGCUCACCAACAACCCCCGCCAAGGACUCGCUGAAACACCUGGCAGGGCUGGUUAGACCCAAGGCCAGACCGACCCAGGACGCUUCCAACACCAACGGCAUCUGCAAAGCACCGAGUGGGUCUGGUCUUGUCCCAUACACGGCCGAGGAUUCCAAUUCUUCAAGUGAUUCGGACACCAAUUACGACCAGGUCGUGGCGGAGUUGUCAAUGACACCAGCUGGAGAUGCUGGGACAGUAAAAACUCCCGAUAAAUCCACCAAGGAUUCAUCGGGACCGAGGACCAAAGAGAUUCCGGGAGAUAGCACUCCGAGCAAACUCAAGGAGAACUCAGUGGACAUCAUGCCCAUGAAACCCCCAGCAGCUGCAAAAACGCCGUCCGACGGCUCGCAUUUCUCGCCCACCCACCUAAAGAAGGCCGGCCUGGCCAACAGCAUGAACUUGACGGCCAUCCGCAAGCCGGACUCCCCGCUCAAGCUGACCAUUACCACCAGCAAUGGCCAGGCCCAGCGUCUCAAGUCCACCACUCAUUGGCGGGCAGUGGACUCGGACGCCCAGAUCUCACCCUCCCCAGCCUCCGACUGCAGCCUGCACAGCAACGUUUCCACCAACUCCACCAGCGAGUGGAGUAUCCUGGAGAAGAAAGACGCCCCGCAAACCCCUGAAGAGAUCAAAAAAGAAGCUGCUGUCUUUGGCUGGAAUAUCACCCCUUCUAAAUCUGUAAACUCAGACAAAUCCACGAGCGACACAGAACAGUGCAGAACUACAUUCGUAGGGCCCAAAGCAGCCCUCAAAUUCGACAAUAUCCAGGACCAACCACCAGAAGAGAAAGACCUGAAAAAGAACCUCUCACUUAUCAAAGAGGAAAAGAAAGUAUCAACGAGUAUGCGAGAUACUGUGAUAAAAUCAUCAAGUGUUUCAGUGGAGUCACUAGAUAACUCAACAGGCGACGAGAAAGUGCAACCUCAAGGUAGAUCAGCGAACCGAAAUGGUAAAGUUUCAGGACAAGUUUCAGGGCCAAAUGAAACAUCACCGGAGAGAGACACUGGAGAUGCGACUCAGGUGAAGAAGAAAAAGAAGAAGAAAAAGCAACAUCUUUCCAGCCCAACUGAUGACAGCCUCCCUGGCAGAUCGGAACUCUUGUUGGAAAGCAGCACGGACAAGGAAACGGCAGAGGGUUUGGAGAGAGAGACCGAACCGGUGUCCGACGACUUGCUGAAAUCUGCCAAAAAGCACAAGAAGAAGAAGAAGAAAAAGAAGGAGAAACUCGAGGUGGAGGAUGAAAUGGAGUUGGAAGAAGAGUGGGUGGAACGAGUUGUGGAGCCGCAGGUAAACGCUCACGAGGAACCAUUACUGAAUGACAACGCAACAGCUGGUGAUAAACACAAACACAAAAAGGGCGUGCAUGGCCGCGACAAAUACAAACCCUCCAGACAUCUGGACAGCCAAUCAGAGGAUGAGGAGUCCAGCCACAAACAUUCAAACUCGCACAAGGACUGGAAGGACAAAGAGAGGCACUCGCUGAUCCGACGGACGCUGGAGAAGAAAAUGAAGCACUGCCGAAAUCGCCAUUCCAGCAGCGACGAGGGCCGGGAAGCCUCGUCCAGACACGACGGGCACAGGCGUGUCUUCAACGCCGACGACCUCCACAAGAGACCCUCAAGCCACAAAUGGACUCAAGGUGAACGUGGCUCCUCCCAUGAACGUUCAAAACACCACAAGGAAUCAAGGAAACGACACAGUUCUGAGGACCGCAGCAGUUCGGACCGCCCUUUGAAAGUCCGACGUCUGGAAGAUGAUUCCCCCACAAGUCUGCACCAAGAGAAGAGGAAAAAGAAACGCAUUAAUUCCCACCGACACAGACAUACCUCAGACAGCAAACAUUCAAAAUCCCACAAAGAACACAGGCACAGAGACUCAAAUAAGGACAGCAAAUAUCCAGAGAGCUCGCCGCGACUAAACGGGGACGACACGUCAAGCGGUCACCGGCGAGAGAAAAAGAAGAACCGGAAACACAGAGACAAGGAUGAUGACGAAGAAGCCUUGCUCCAUUACUCCAGCGGAGACGAGGAAUACCGACUGGAAAAGAAAAAGCAGAAGAAGAAGAAACAGAAACACAGAUCAGUGGACAAAGGAGAGGAAAGAACGAGAGAUUAUGAGGAUAUCACCACAAAGCACAAAUACGAAGUACCCAUACAGCAGUGGGACCAUCACACGCGAGAUGGUCACAGGAGCAGCAGUAAGUCCUCCAAGAUGCACGUCGUGUGGGACGGCACCCACUCAUCCUCGGGGGUCGUUGAGGAGCUGGGCAAGUCGUCUUUGAUGGCCUACGGACCCUCCAUCAAAUCCUGGGAUGGAGGUCGCAGUGCCCUGGAUGAUGAAGUUGAGCAAGAUUUAAGGAAAGACUGGCAGCGAGAUUCCUACGAAGAAGAGUUGGACAGAGGCAAGGUCAAGAAAGUCAAAAAGCGCUAUGACGACAGCCGGCACAAGGCUUUUGGCGGAUGGCACAAUCCCUUCCAAACAGUGCAAAACAUGAGGAACAAACUCACACUUGACAAGGAUCACCAUGGUUACAGUCGGUUCUCGCACCACCCCCACGGAGAGCGCCCUCGGUGACAACAGAAAAGACGAGUACAUUUGAUAUUUAUACAUUUAAGGGUACGACAUACCUGUAUAUUAUGCUGUAGAUCAGAUCUAUUUUUUAUCGUUUUAUCCGGAUCAUUUUUGGGGGCAGGUAUUUCUUUUUUCUUUAUUUUUUCAUGCCCCUCUAUCAGACUUUAUGUGGUUGGCAUGGUUUUUGACAAAUGGCGGUCGGCAAGGUGUUCUCUCUGAAAUCGGUGCCUGAUUUUGACUUAAGGGCUGGCUCAGCUAAUUUUUCUGUUAGCAUGAAAUCUACUUAACUGCAGUUGUAAGAGAUUCUACCAUUUUUAUUGUCUUAUCGUUAGGAUGACUUCCACAUGUUCUUUUUGCCCAGUGUUAGCCCAGCAAUUGCCGCGCGUUCAGUUUUAAACUAGUCCACAAGUCAGGCAGACAAAUUACUCAUAGGCAACAUGAGGCAGUUUUUCUCUCGAAUCAAAACCAAUCACUAAAGCCACGAUGAGAGCCUUAAUGGGCUUUGUGCGUUGACCGGUGGGGGCGCUUUGCUACCUAGCAACAACUUCCAACUGCAGUGACUCUGGUGGGUGGAAUUUUCACUGCACCGGCUGGCGUAGGCUAUUUCUUUGUGAAAUGUGUGCAUACGGGGAGAGACAAGUAGUCUGCUGCCCAUCUUUCCAUUGAUGUUACAGCUCUAAGUAUGGAGGCAGGAACCAACCUGUUUGCUCGGCUUUCCUACCAUUUGUCGGUAAAGAGGUGUACGAGGCCAGUGUGUGGCGAAAAAUGUCACGAGCACCGUAUUCGCACAUUGCACCACUCAGGGCUAAAGGCAGGGGUAAAGUGGCAGCCAUUACAAAGUCUUGACGUGGAAGUGAAUUUACCUUGGAGAUCCAUGAAUGUGUUUCAGUCUUCAGUCUCCUGAAGACGGACAAAGUACACUGUUCGAAAUGUCGAGUUAUUCCGCGGUUCUUCUCAGAACCACACAUACUCAAGAAAGAGAUUGAUCCAUGGUGUAACCGCAAUCAUUUUACUCGUAUGAAUGUAUUUGUCGUAUAUUCUUGACACUAUUUAUGAAAAUACUUGGUCAAAGAGGAGUGAAGAAGCAAGAGACAGUAAGACAGUGUAACACUGGAAAGGUUCCGUGAUGUGUACUCUUCCAUCAUCUCGAAUAUUCCUCCAAUUCUAUGCACUUCGUGCACAAGUCACACCACCAGACUAACGGAUGAUUCACUUCUUAUAAAAGUUCAAUGUGUUCCCCUCUUCUCUUUUAGCACAUAGUUCAAAUCGCUUGAUUUCUUUGAUGCAAACGCAAAAACAACAAUGGAGUUUCUUGUUUUUUAUCUCAUCUUGAUUUGGAAUGAGAAGCCUGUUGGUCAGAGCGCAGUUACAGUUGGACCGGGUGUUCUUUGCCAGCUGGUCUGCUUUCUAGAGUUUCAGUGCCCACGCGGCACAGAAAUCGUAACCAUGACAACACAUCCAGCCCUGAAACGACGUGGACAAACAUUUGUACAUUACUUUUGAACACAAAGUUGUCUAUAUUGUGUACAGUUUACACUGUCAGAGUAUUCAAUUUAUUCAGAAUUUCAAACCGUCGGCCGAGAAUUAAUUUCUGAAGCUGUAGAUUAGAAGUGGAACUGAAAAAAACAAACAAAACAUGUUCUUUGAUGAGUAUAUGAAAAAAAAAAGAUGAGUAGGCUUUGGUACGUAUGUGUAUGGAGGCAUUGGCAAUGUUUCUUACCAAAAUACGUGUAGCGAGAUGGUUAACAUGUCAAGGCAGUACCUUGUAGCCCUGGCAUGUAAGGCGAUGUAACGCAGACAAGUUUAUUCGCAACCAUCACAUUGAUUUGUUGGAAGAUUUGGCAAUAUUAAUUGUAAGAUAAGGCCCAAGUACGGCUGCAUCCGAAUCUCUUGUCUAGAGCUAGGGCUAGGUCUUCGCUCCAUUGGAAAUGCGUGGAGACGCGCAGACAAUAGACCCAGCCGUAGCUCUGGAAGCCCGUUUCGGACACGGCCUACGUGAAACAUCUUCAGCGUUGUAACUCUGCAUUGAACCAAGUGAGGAAUGAAAGUCUUUUUUUUUUAAAUUCCUUUAAAUCGUCAGCUGCUUUUAAAAUUACUUAAGGGAAGCAGGAGAGAAGAACUUUAAUGUUUUGUUUUGUUUUGUUUUAAGCUCGCACCUUUAAUUAAGUUCCUUGGGAAUCUUUAAAUUCGGCCCUCUAGGGGGUCCAGCUCAUGGUCCAUUGCUUUAACUACUUCAUGCCGGGGCAUUUUUCAAUGUUGAUGAUGCUGGUCCGGCAUGACUAUCAUUUUUUCUGUUUUCAAAAUC